UGGCGCGGAAAGUUGUCACACGAGCCCACAGCGCAGCUCUCAGUUUAUAAAAGAUUUGUUUACAUUUUCACCGAAAUAUACGGACUCGUUAACCGUGAGGAUGAGUGUGCUGGAGGUGAAGUUUGUCGGGGAUGGAGAUGCUCUGGAGCACAUCGUGGACAAACUGGAGGAUGUGCAGAGCAGCAGUGGAGCUGUUCAGAAGAUGGUAAAGUUUAAGAGUCCAGCUGGACGACGUGUCAAAGAGGACGCAGAACAUGAUGGGGACGAAAACGGAGUCCUUGACCAGCAGGAUUAUGUCCAAGCUUUGGGAGCAGACAACGCAGAAGAAGACGAGGAGGGUAUGUACAGAGUGGCUGGAUCCUCCAUUUUCACCUUUCAGAAAGCCAAACGUGGACACAGCAUGGCUCAGACCGCGAGCGAGUUGGCUCGGACUCCCGGGAAAAGCGUGACCUUUAGCGCGACCCCCAACGCUGAACCCUCGACUCCCACCAGAUCAAGCCGCGCCCACAGAGGGGACAGCAGGACACCACAGAGGAACAAAAAGGUUCAGUUUGUCUCCACAACACCCCACAGGCUCAGGAAGAGAAUAACGACUCCGAGCAUGCGGUCUGACAGCGACAGCGAUCUGUCGCCGUCUGACUCCGGCGAGGAGGAGGAUGAAGAUGGGAUGGAAGAAGAGCAGAAAGUAAAGAAAGAGGACAAGGAGAACUUGAAGACUCCCAAAACGCCCAGUCGAGGCUCAGCUCUCUACAAGACUCCCGCCAAGAGAAGCAAGAGCGUCUCCGAAGCCCGCAGUCAGCCCAGUAUGGUCGAGGAGUAUUUCGAAGCUCAUGGCAGCUCAAAGGUGUUGACGUCUGACCGCACGCUGGAGCGUCUACACACCCCGAAACUGGACAGGGAGACGCUGGUCCAGCUUCUGGAAGGAAAACCUUCCUGCUGCUCAGAGGAGAUCCAGCAGCUCCACAACAAACACACAAAGCACUUUAGCAAAUGGAUGUUACAGCUGCAGUUGGGAUUCAGCGUGCUGGUCUACGGUCUUGGCAGCAAAAAAUCUCUGCUGGAGGAUUUCCGCGAGUCUCACUUGGCUGAGGAAGUUCACCUCGUGAUCAACGGAUUCUUCCCGUCCAUCACUCUGAAAUCGAUCUUAAAUGCUCUGACUUGUGAGGUUCUGGAUCACCAGGGAAGUUUCCGGACCCCCUCAGACCAGAUCCAGUACAUCGCUCAGACCCUCAAAGACAGCCCAGAUCUCCACGUCUACCUGCUGAUCCAUAAUAUCGACGGGCCGAUGCUGCGAGGAGAGAAGACCCAGAGUGCACUGGGGCAGCUGGCCGCCCUGCCCAACCUGCACUUGGUGGCUUCUUUAGACCACAUCAACGCUCCACUGGUGUGGGACCAGUUUAAGCAGAGCCAGUUUAACUGGCUGUGGUGGGAGUGUGUGACCUUCCAGCACUACGCGGAGGAAACGUCGUACGAAAACUCGCUCCUCGUGCAGCAGACUGGCGCUCUCGCUCUGUCCUCCCUCACGCAUGUGCUGCGCAGCUUGACACCGAAUGCGAGAGGAAUUUUCAAACUUUUGGUGAAAUUCCAGCUGGAAAACAAAGACAACCCUUCAUACACAGGACUGUCAUUCCAGGAUUUCUACCAGCGCUGUCGAGAGGCGUUCCUGGUGAACUCCGACCUCACGCUGAGGACUCAGCUGACGGAGUUCAGAGAUCACAAACUGAUUCGAACACGAAAGGGUGCAGAUGGAGUGGAGUACUUAAUCGUUGCGGUGGACGCGAGCACGUUGAUGGAUUUCCUGGAGAACGAAGAGGGCGACUGAGAAGAGAAGUCCUUAGGUUUAUAGUUUGUUCACUGACUUUACUAGAAAAUAGAUAUUUUGGUUGAAUCAGUCACUGAUUUAAAGUCCCAGUUACUUUUUAUCGACUUCAGACAUGAGCCCAGCUUCCAGGCUCUGCACAGUUUAAAAUCAUGAUUUAAUUAGUCCGAAAUGCCUUAUUGUAGCACUGCAACUGUCUCAUUAUGUACUUUGAUGUAUACAUAAAUGAAUGAAUGAACGAA